AUGUGUACAAGUAUCAGACUCAAAAGACGUAGACAGAAAGUGUAGCUCUCAUUAUUUUACUUAAUAGAAGCAACAAUGUCGGCGACAAUUAGCGUAAAUCCCUUUUUGUGCAGCAGGAGGACGGCCCCGGAGGUUUAGCCUGGUUGUUGUAAUGGGAUUUCAGAGCUCUCUGACGGCACGACUUAAAACUGGUUUGAAAAAUCCGUCUAGAAACAGCUGAAAAGAAUUCACGGAAAACCACCUGCGCUUCACGUAACAGGGCUGUCUCCAUUUCUCAAGAUCUCUGUAUAUCUGGAAAGAAGGAUUUAUCGAACUGAUGGACUGAAAAUCCAAACUGGAAUUGCAUCGCUCUACGUCGGAAGUCGGACGUCUCCCCGUCAUGGGAGGGUCGCACGCAAAAAAAAAGCCGGGGUUCAGAAACCCAAGGAAAGAGAACUACGUCUGUCGGAUGUCUCCCACGCACCAGGCUGUGAACAGGCCCCCUGAUGUCAUCCGGCCGAGAAAGCUGACCAACCCCAUCCUGGAUUCGCCCAGCCAUCAGGAUCUGCACCGCGAGCUGCUGCUUGCUCACAAAACGGGCCUGUUGCCAGGGGAGAAGCCGGAGCUGCAGCGAGUCCUGGAGCAGAGGAGACUGGAGCAGCACCGCGAGCAGGAACAGGCCCUCCAGCCGCCCUCCGACCUCGAGCAGGAGCUCCGCAAAAGACAGCAGAAACUGCAGGAGUACGAGCGGGAGGAGAGGAAGCGCAGAGAGGACCAGGAGAACAUUCCCGAGUUUGUUCGAGUGAAGGAGAGCCUUCGGCACAUCCAGGCGACGGGGCAGUGAGAAGCCCAGAGUGCUCAUCUCCCUCAAUCCUCCCUAUAGCCCGAAUCAGUCUCCUUCGGAGUUCAGGGAAACUAAUCGCACUAAAGCAUAUUGAGCCUUUUCCAGUUUUACAAUCUUCACACUGUUACAGCCCGUAAGAAAUUUGAGUUUGAACACAGAUGUGGAUUUGGUACAUUAAAUAUAUUGCUGUUUUGUCUUGCUAUGCUGUACAACCUACUUUGUGUGGACAAGGGGUGUUUUCAAACACCUCUCUCUAAAACGAAUUACUCAACUACAAUUCCAAGAUCUUUCAAAACUUUCAGUAUUUAAUCUGAACCCAAAAAUUUACACCAAAAGACUGAUGAAAUAAAAUCUCUUCUAAAUGUUUUGCAAAGCUUUUGUCCCAUCUAAAACUGCAUUUCUUUCUCAAAUCUUAGAUUAGGCAGUUUUUAUUCUUUACUCUUGUGUUCACAGUAGUGUAUACAUCCUGGUGUGAGUGUAAAAGGAACGGGUUUGCCAUCACAAUCUUCAAUCAUGGCUGUUAGGUGGGGCUGACUUCAUGUUAUUUGUAACUUUAAAGUGAGUGUGCAAAGGCAGGAAAGGGGCAAGCAGAUACAGGAGAAAACUGCACACUUUUUCCCAAAUAACCACUGUUUACGUGUGAUUUAUCAACCAGUUAACCAAUUCCACAAUAUUCAGUUUUAACUGGAAUAAAAAAAGGCAUGAUGGCACAGUGAUUAGCAUUGCUGCCUCGCAAUGGGGAGGCCCUGGGUUCAAUUUCUGGGGUGCUACUGUAUCUGCAUGGAGUUUUAAAUGUUCUCCCUGUGUUUUCAUGGGUUUGCUUCCAUAGUCCAAAAUCAUACUAGUAAGUUAAUUGGCUCCUGGGAAAUUGGCCGUAGUGUGUGUAUCUGUGUGCUCCCCUGUGUAGGACUUGCUUCCCCUCUGGGGUGUACCCUGACUUGUGCCUGUUGCUUGCCGGGUAAGGCUCUGGCUCCCCUUUGACCCUGAAUUGGAAGAAUCAUUUAGAAAAUGGAUGGAUCAGCCAUGGUUAUAUAGACGAAACACGUCAAGACAUUAACAUGUUACCAUGGGACAUGAUACCCUUGAUGCCACAGAAAGAGAAGAUCAAAAGAAGUCGCACAAAACAAAUGCUGGUGAUAUCCCUGUGCUACUCUCCCGUCUGUCCCAAGAUAUUUGUUGUCAAUCCUUUAGCCUACUAACAACACAGCUCGUUGUAGAGGAUCCAGAGAGCCAGACAGAUAACAGCACAUGCAGUCUUAAUGUUCAAGUGAAAUUAACACUUGGGAAAAACUCUUGGGAAACUUCCUGGAAAGACCUCCUGGGAAAAACUAAGGCUGCUGUUGGAAGAGAUGUUAGUGGGGCCAGCAGGGGGCGUUCACCCUGGGC